CAAUAAGAUAAACGGUAUAUGUACUUAUCGAUAAACUUUUGAUACCAACAUCCGCUAGGAGACUCGUAUAUAAGAUCCAGCCGAGUGAAAACGUAUCAUACCAUCGAAAUGUCGUCGAAACUGAUUGUCUUUAUUGCCUUCCUUGCCGUAAUUCGCUGUGAAGGGAAACCCUACCACGGUUAUUCUUUACCAUUUUACCCCUAAUAUAUCAAUGAAGCAACGGAAGCACCAGUAAACUCUACCCCAUGGCAAGCCUUUCUUCAAUGGAGUCACUCUUCUUACACUCACUUCUGUAGCGGAGCGAUUAUCUACACUCAAUGGAUCCUGACUUCAGCACACUGUGCUAUGAUUGUUCCAUCCUACGGUGACUUUGUGGUUAAGGUAUGGAUAACCCAUUGAAAAAUAGGUCGAAGUCCCUAAGUGUAAUGACCCUGACACGCGUUUCACCUCCACCAAGAACCCGAUGCUAACAUAUAUGCACAAGUUGCGUUAUAUGAAAUAUACAAUAUAUCUUUAUUUUUCAAGUGUGCUAUCAUUUUGUCUGUGUCGGAUUAUGUUUCCCUUCCAACUGAGAGCAUCCAUUGAACUGAAGCCAGUCUAUGUUCUAUUUACAUAUUUACAGAAGUAUAUAAGAUCCAACCGAGUGAAGACGUAUCAUACCAUCGAAAUGUUGUCGAAACUGAUUGUCUUUAUUGCCUUUCUUGCGGUAGUUAGCUGUGAAGGGAAACCAUACCGCGGUUAUCCUUUACCAUUUUAUCCCAAAUAUACCAAUGAAGCAACGGAAGUUCCAAUAAAGUCUGUCCCAUGGCAAGCCUCCCUUCAAUGGGGUUACACUGAUCACACUCACUUCUGUAGCGGAGCUAUUAUCAGCGAGCGAUGGAUCCUCACGUCAGCACACUGUGCUUUGAUGGUUCCACCCUACGGUGACUUUGUGGUUAAGGUAGGAAAGCAUAACUUGCAAAUCAAGGAACGCACUGAACAAACGGUCUUUGUUGAAAAAUCUAUCAUACAGAGGAAUUAUGAUGGAGAAGCGGGUCCCUAUGACAUCGCCUUGCUGAAACUGUCCAAAUCAUUGAAGUACACCGAUUCGGUCAAUAGUGUCGAUCUACCGGAAUCAGGAAACGUAUCGAACGGAGCUGCUGUUACCUUAACAGGCUGGGGAUCGUCUUGGAGAACAUACGCUCCAAUGAUGCCUGACAAACUUCAACUCCUGAAACUAAAUACGAUAGACAUAGACACUUGUAACAAAUCUGUAAUACAGCUUACAGGUUCAUCUUCCUUAUCUGUCAACUCCAUUUGUACUGGUCCCCGCAGUAGUGGUUUCGCCACGUGUAAUGGUGACCCUGGCAGUCCAUUGGUCGUGAGUAACGGUACCAAUUAUGAACUGAUCGGAAUCGCUUCCUGGGGAAUCGUUCCGUGUGGUACGAUCGGUGCACCAACGAUCUACACGGAAGUAUAUCCUUAUAUUGAUUGGAUUAUUAAUAUUAUGGAGUAUGCAUGACACUACAUUGCCGAUUGGCAUAAUAAUAUUGCUAGAAUGAUGUCUCAGUUAGUCAACGGCUGCUGCUCGAGCACCAUGUUAGCGAUAUACAUAUAUACAAUAGAAAUAAAUCACACGAUAUAAUAAACAAUAAAAAA